UGAUAUCGCCGAACAUCUAUCCUUGCCCCCUUGGCUGACAAAAUGCAUCUCCGGAAUCAGCUCGACCUACCAUUGAAUGCAAAGAGUUGAAUGAAGGCCAUUACUUCACACAGCAGCUCCGGGAAGCAUUUCGAGUCGACUACAACAUGCCACACAUCGCAAGUCUUGGUACUCAGCCCAUUCAAUGGUUCUCCCAGUUUUCGUUUACUGAUCCAUUGACAAGGCACCGCGUUACAUUUACGUCUGGGAAUAGUUUUACAGCAUACGGUAAUGCGGUUUGUCGGUUUGAUGUUGGCUUCGUCCACGAGAGGAUCCCUGGUGAAGCAAAACUCUUCGCUCUCAUCACAGAGUUGGAAGAUUGUGGAGAGGAUGACCCAGUCCUACAGCUCCCACGAAUGCGGCUUAUGAGCCAGAGCCAGAGAAUCAUUGGGCUCCCCGUUAUUGGGAGUAAACCAGUAUACGUUGUUGACAUGGACAUGGAUCCUACGCAUGACCAGGCCGCUGCACCUUUCCAAAAAGGGCCACUUAGAUUGAGCUCAACGAGCCGCGAUGGGAAUGUGGGCAAUUCCUGUGUAAAAGCGAGAGUUGGCCAAAAACGGAAGGAGCACCAAGCCUCACCCAAAAGCUUCACAUUUCACCUAUCAACGCAAUUCAAAUGAACUUAUAUGCACGAAGUAAGUGUUUUGUUGUAUUUUAUUUCCUGUGUAUUGCAUCUAGGCUAUUUGGGUAUAUGUUUAAAUUCACUUGUAUGGCAAUAUGCAAGGUCUUUGGACCCGUUUCGAGUGGUGUACGAGCUCACAUUUGGCUGAGGUAAGUUGCUUUUGCCAUUUCAAGUCUCAUCUCAUCAAAUGUAAACUAACGCCUUA